AUGGAGAAAAAGGAUGCAACGGUUGAAGCUGAGGAGCCCAAGGUCGUUCUGCAGCCGGUCACGGGUGCCUUCCCUGAAGAUGUCGACUCUGCCGAACCAUCACCAAAUUCCGCCGACGCAUCCGCCGCCUUGCCAUCCGAAAACGAAACACAAGAAGACGUCAAGGCCGCAGCGGCCUCAACAGACGAUGCGAAAGACGUCUCACUUCCUUCCCGCUCGGGAAAUCACACGUAUUCCCACUCCGACGCCCCCGCGACAGCCCCAAUAAAAGAGGACACGCCUUCUUUACGCAAGUCGAACUCGACCACCGAGCUGACUGCAGAGGCUGACGAUGCCGCCGCGACACUGUCUACACCGAUACGACGCUUGCCCUCGUCCCUUUCGUCGAGCUCCAUUGAGGACCAGGACAUCAGCACUAUCCCGGACCCGCGUCUACGCACCGGCAACCUGGCCUCGGGCAGCACGGACACCGCCGCGCAAGACGAGAUCACAGCGCUCAGCACGAAACUCAUCGACGCCAUCAACCGCCAGAGCACACUCGACGACACACUGUCUCAAACCCGCAUGGAGCUCGAAGAGUCCCGCGAGCAGGUUCGCAAGCUGGAAGCACUCGCUGCUCGUCAAAAGGAAUUCCUCUCUGGUGGCCUGUGGGUGCGGAAGUCGGCCGUUGAGGAGGAGAAGCAAGCCAUCCUGGCCAAGUCGCGGGAUGAGAAGCGUCUACGUCUCGAGGCGGAGAGUGCCAAGUCCAAGAUCGAGCUCGAGCUGGAGUCCUUGACGGCCGAGCUCUUUGAGCAGGCCAACAUCAUGGUGGCCGCGGCCAAGGAAGAAGCCCGCGCCGAACAGGUCGCCGCAAACCGCCGCUACGACAAUCUCAGGGGCCAGCUGGCCGAUACCGAGGUCCUGCUCAAGUCACAACAAGAGCAGCUGACCCAACUCAAGCAAGUGAUGGAAGAGAUGAUCCAGAACGGGGCGGCCGGUAGUGAUGACCACACCACGGCCCUCACCACGCCGACAUCGCCCGGGUUUGGCCAGUUUGACUUUAAAGACGCCGAUGCACGGUCCGUCUCCGAGAAGCAGGCGGAUGGCGCCGCUGACACAGAAACAACCGACGACGCAGAGACGACCAAGACGGACGAAGGCCCGUCAUCCUCACCAUCUGUUGCGGCCCCGGCAACCACCACCGUACCCACAACUAUCGUCCUUUCGCCCACAGUCAUUCCGCCAACGUCAUCAACACUAGCAGCACAGACACCCGACACGGUUCCCCAAUCCCCGUCCCAGCCGAUGAGCUUUACACACCUGCUGCGGCCCGUUCUCCGCUACGACACGAACGCUUUCCACGAGUUUGUCGACCUCAUCCGCACCGCGCAAAUCCAGCUCAUGCUGCACAUGCAAAGCUUACCCCAAUCCCAUGUCCGGUCGCCUUCCUCGACGUCGCUUCCGAAAACACCGCCUAUGAACAACACCAACUGGAACGCGACAACCUCCAACUCCUCUACCACUGUCCAAUCCUCUGUCGUCUCCAUGUCGGCUGUCAAUGCCUUUGCUACCGUCGCUUCCGGCCUGUCCGGAUCCUCCAACGCCAAUUCGCCACAAAACCACACCAAGGAGCUCAAGGAGACGAGAUUCUACAAGCGCGUCGUCAUCGAGGAUAUCGAGCCGACCUUGCGUUUGGACACUGCGCCCGGCAUUUCUUGGCUUGUCCGUCGCAAUAUCAUGUCUGCCGUCCUCGAAGGCACCCUCGUCGCCGAGCCCGUGCCCAACAUCACCGGAUCGGCCCUCGUCGUCCAGCAGCCCUGCGCCAUGUGCGGCGAGCACCGCCGCGAGGACAGCUUUUUGCGCCACCACCGCUUCCGCCUGACCGAGAGCGACAAGUCCACGCCCUACCCGCUGUGCAACUACUGUCUCAGCCGCGUGCGCUCGGUUUGCGGCUUUCUCGUGUUCCUGCGCAUGAUCAAGGAGGGCCACUGGCGCGCGGCCGACGAAGAGGCCGAGCAGGCUGCCUGGGAGGAGUGUGUGCGCCUACGCGAACACAUGUUCUGGGCCCGCAUCGGCGGCGGCGUGCUGCCCGCCAACAGUGGCAGCGGCGGUGGCGGCAGCGGCAGCGGCAGCGGCGUCCCCAAUGGUGUCGGAUCCGCACGCCACUCACGGGUGGCUGGUGGUGGAAGCAGCGCGCACAACUCCAUCAGCUCGCCAUCUCAGUCCCAUCACGCCAAUGGCAGCAGUAGUGCGCGGCCGAGCACCGAGCUGAGCCGGCAGUCGUCCCUUACAGCCACAGCCACGGCCACAGCCACAGACACUGCGGCCGCCGCCGGUGAGGGUGUGCCCGCCAAGAUCAGCGUCAACCACAACGGCUCGCCCGUUUCGAGCCCCCUCGCCAGCCCCCUCGCCAGCCCAGCCAUCAACGCCGGCCUCGGCAUCGAGAACAGCAACGACCGUCCGACUCUGAGUCCAAGCCCGAGCUACAACGGACCGAACCGGCCGUCAAAGCUGUCGUCGUCCAUGGCCGCCAUGGUCAGCGGCUUGGGCGGGCACGUCUCAUAA